CAGAUUACAGAUUCAUCUCUCAUGUUCUCUUUCUUUCUCUCUAUCACACAUACAAAGUAAAUAGCGGUAAGAAUUCUGGGCAAGUCAUAAGACAAGACCACAGACAACUUAAGAAGAAUUUAACCAUUGACCAUUAGCUUCUAAAAGGGGAAACUGUCAAGCAGACAGCAUGCACCUAAACGCGGCCCUCCGGAAUGCCGGGCUCUGGAUCCUUCUCAGUUUAGCGUCCGGUCAUCUGACUGAACAGCAGGCAUCACACAUUGUGGACAUUCAUAAUGACCUCCGCUCGCAGGUUCAGCCCAGCGCUGCCUUCAUGCAGAAAGUGGUGUGGAAUGAAACAGUGCGUCUGGUGGCAGAAUCAUAUGCAGCAAAAUGUAUCUUCAAAGACAACCCUGAACUCCCGAACCUCAAAAUGGUAGAAAACCUCUCUGUAACAACUGAACCAUUGAAUAUAACCGAAGAAAUGUUGAAGUGGUUUGAAGAAAAUCGCAAUUAUGACUUUGAUCGUAACUCUUGUAAUGAAGAUACAUUUUGUCGAAAUUACAUUCAGAUGGUGUGGGCGAACAGCACACAAAUCGGAUGUGCUGCUCAUUUAUGUCAAACCAUUAAGGGUCUGGAUUUAAAGAAUGCUACGCUGCUUGUCUGCAAUUACUACCCGCGAGGAAAUUAUGAAGGACAGAAACCAUACGAGCAAGGAAAGUCUUGUUCAAAGUGUCCAGAGGAACUGCCAUUGUGUGAGGCGAACAUCUGUGUGAAACUUUUUCCAUCUGAAGAAAACACAACAGAGGAAACAAAGAGAGGGAAAUCCACAACGAGUAGAUCAGAGGUGGAGAGAAGUUCAGCUCCUCUGCUGAUGGGUGUUUGGAUAUUGGCAGCUCUCAUUCUGUGAUAAAAGUCCUAUCCAAUAUUGGUGGAUAUUGGUAGUUUUUAAGAGUGUUAGUCCUUCAAUAUGUAUUAUUUUUGUGGUUUUGAAAUUCAUGCCUGAAUUACAACUUUUUUAAUGGUUUAUGAUCAGGGUUUAAUUGCUACUUUUUUUUAUUUAACAGCAGCAUACAGUAUUUUGUGUAGUGAAAUGUUUUUAAAGGCAUAGUUCGGCCAAAAAUGAUAUUAAACCCAUAAUUUACUCACCCCGAAGCCGUCCGAGAUGCAUAUGUCCAUAAUUUUUCAGACUAACACAUUUUCAGUUAUUUUAGAAAAUGUUUUAGAUCUUUCAGUUAAUAAAAUGUGAAGUUAUGGGGUCCACGUCCUUCAAGUCCAAAAAAAUUUUAUGUAUUCUUCACAAAAUAAAUCCAAACGGCUCCACGAUGAUAAACAAAGGCCUUCUGAGGGUAAUCUGUGCCGUUUUGUUGUAGAAAUAUCCACAUUUAAACUUUAUAAAUGAAAAUAACUUCUCUGCUGCUGCUCUGUGCCCCGCCCUCCGAAUUUGUUAUACGUCACUAAGAAAAAAUGCGUACACUAUGCUAAUACUCUCUCCUGAAUACAGAGGAGUCUAAGCUGGCGGCGCUACCGUAAGGUAGUUAUUUACGUUUAUACAGUUUUAAAUAUGGAUAUUUCUACAACAACACCGCACCUAUUACCCUUUAGAAGACCUUUGUUCAUCAUCCUGGAGCCGUUUGGAUUUCUUUGGGGAAGGAUAGAUGCACAUUUUUUGGACCUGAAGGACGUGGACCCCAUGACUUUACUGUUUAGCAGCUGAAAGAUAUUAGCCUGACUACGUCAGACUUCGUACUUCCGCUAAAUUUCAUUACGCUUCUGUACUCAGUCUGAGAUACCUCCCAUUCAAACCGUUUUCCUCCGGUCUCAAAACGGCCGUCCAAUCAACGAACAGAGGGCGGGCUGAGAGCCGUGACGUAGACGCUAAACGCCGAAUCACGGUUGUAGUUUGUUGUGGACAUGGAGACACACAAAGCUAUUUGCUCUGUUGUGGAGAACCGGCACUUGCCAACGAGAAACUGUGUGCAGCACAGCUUGACGUGCACAACGAUUGAGAAAUCAUGGAAGGGAAUUAUAUUGUUCACAGUUAAUGGUGGAGGACGCGUGGGCAAGCAUUCUUUGGUGACAUUCCUGAUUAACCAGAAAAUAAGGUAGGAAGAUUUAAUUUACAUAUGGUUAUGGUUGUCUGGCGGAAGAGUUUGAGAGGAGAGAGGGGCGUUCCUCCCGUUAGACGUGAGUGGAAAGCCACCGUAAGGAUAGUGUUCAACUAGCUCUGGCACGAUUUACUUAACAUAAUCUGCAAAAGUCGUUCAUAGCCAUGUUAACUCUGGUAUUUCGCUCGAUGGGUUUGUUUUCACAUCAUACGUGUAUUUUACAGCAGAGAUUCGAUGCGGCUGAUCCGGCGCAUAAAGCACAUCAUAUCCAAAUGUUAUGUGUGAUUGGCUUACUUUUAGACCAAUGAUUUUAUACUUCAGACAAGCCCCUCCCACGAGAAGGAAAACGAUUGUCAAUUAUGCCCAGCCAGACUCUGUCUAUGAAGCGAAGCAAAAUAGCAGAGGAUGGUAUUACCAGGCUAGAAAGAUAUAAGACAUUUUCUAAAAUUGAAAAUUUGUUUGUCUGAAAAAUGCAUCUCGGACAGCUUCGCGGUGAGUAAAUCAUGGGUUUAAUAUCAUUUUUGGCCGAACUAUCCCUUUAAGAGAAUCAUAAGCACUUAGAUCAACUUCAGAUCUGUUCAUCUCAAUAUCAGUCUUCUUAGGUUUACAGUAAAGGCAGAUAAUUUUGCCUCAUUAUUUUAUAUUAUAUUAUAUUAAAUGUGUAGCCUAUUAUUUGUUGUGGAGCGUCUGACACAGCAGUCAUAAUGUGUUUGCAUGACAAUCAUGCCUUUUAACAGAUUUGCAGACAAGCAUUAAAAUCAUAACUUGAAACAUUUAUUACAUUUGUAGUCUAUAGUAAGAUACCCGAGUGUGUGACUAUAUCAUAUAUGUACUGUAUGUUUAUCAUAUCAUUAACAAUAUAUUGUGUUCUUACAGUAAAUUCCAAAUUACUUAAGGAAUAAAAUGGAAAGGAACUGGAACUAAAAUUAACUAAAUGAACUUUAAUAAGAGAUUUUUAUUUAUUAUAAUUAUUACAUCCCCUUCCUUAAGUCAGGGAUUUUCAAACAUUAUGAUGGCAGGGACCCCCACAUAUAAUGAACCUAGAGUGAGAGACCCCCCCAUGUCAUAUCCAUCUUUUUAAUAUAGAAACAUUUAAACUGCUUUAGAUGAAUAGUUAUUCUGAUAUUAUAAGGAGAGCAAUUUGUUUUUUAUAAAUUUAAAUAAUUGGCAAAACAGACUUUCACAAUUUUUACUUUUGUCUCUUUUCUCAAAUUUUCCUUUUUCUCUUGAAAAUUUGGGGACCCCUUAGAACCAUUUUGGGGACCCGUGGGGUCAUAUUUUUGCACUGAUCGUCAAUAACAAUUAUUGAUCAUUAAUAAUAAUUAUUAUUAGCAAUAUUAACGCUAUUAAAAGUUACUGCAAUGACAACAGAUGGCACUAGAUGGCAGUAUAACUCAAUAAACAUAUUGAUCUUAA